UUUGUUCCCAAGCGUUCAAGCUCUUCUUUCAAUGGCACUCAAACGGACCACUUCAAUACACAUAUACACAUGAUUUUAUUUAUUUAUUUAUGCCUUUCCCAGAAUUCCCAAUCCCACCCCGGUCGGGAAACUAUUUAAGUCUAAUUCUUCCCUCUUCACGAUCGCAAAGAAAAAAGAAAAAAAAAUCAAGUCUACCGGUGUUUCUCACUUUCUGUCCAGUCUGUCUCUUUUCUCCCCAUUUUCAUAUAGCUCCGAAACUAUGGACAGGCGUCGCAGAAAGCAAGCCAAGACCAGUACUACUUGUUGCUCAGAGGAGGUGAGCAGUAUAGAGUGGGAAUUCAUAAACAUGUCGGAACAAGAAGAAGAUCUCAUCUAUAGAAUGUAUAAGCUGGUUGGUGACAGGUGGGCUCUGAUAGCUGGGCGGAUUCCAGGACGGAAAGCAGAAGAAAUAGAGAGGUUUUGGAUAAUGAGACAUGGAGAAGUGUUUGCCAGUAAGAAAAGAGCUGAAGAGACAUAACUCCUAAUGCUCUAUUACUAGGCUAUAGAAUUUCAUUUUUUUUAUUUUUAUUUUUUAUUUUUCUACUCUUGUACGUUUACUUAUGCAUGUGACGAGGUAAGGUAGUUUGUAACUUUUCCUCUUUGGCUAAUUUAUUGUGACUCACCUUUUUACUGGUGUUACUU